GAGCCUGCAGUGAGCUGUCAUGGCGCCACUGCCCUCCAGCCUGGGCGACAGAGCCAGACCUUGUCUCAAAAAAAAAAAAAAAAGGGGGGCCCCCACCCUCCGCGCUGCGCUCCUGGCCGGAAGCCUCGAGGGGAGCGCGUGCAGAACAGAGGCCUCAUGAAUAAUUGAGGGUCUCAGGCAGGCGGCCGCCCCGCAGAUGUCGCCCCACCACAGGUGGGGAGGGGGCGGCGGUGACAUCACUUCCUCCCCUGCGGGGUCCCCGCAUGGCUUAUAAGGCACUGCAGCCCUGGCCCGCACAGUACCUUGGACCCGUGGGACGCCCACCAUGCCGCCCCGAGGGCCAGCCUCUGCGCUGCUGCUGCUGCUGCUGCUGGGGGCAGCCACCGCUGCUCCCCUGGCACUGAGACCCUCCAAGGAGGAGCUGACCCGCUGUCUGGCAGAGGUGGCCACAGAGGUGCUGACCGUGGGCCAGGUCCAGAGAGGACCCUGCACUGCUCUUCUCCACAAGGAGAUGUGCGGGACAGAGCCCCAUGGCUGUGCACCCACCAAGGAGAAAGGCCUGCUGCUUGGGGAUUUCAAGAAGCAGGAGGCUGGGAAGACGAGGUCCAGCCAGGAGGUGAGGGAUGAGGAAAAGGAGGAGGUGGCAGAGAGGACCCACAAGUCCGAGGUCCAGGAACAAGCCAUCCGUGAGCAAGGGCACCGCCAGCUCCACCGGGAGGAGGAUGAGGAGGACGAGAAGGAGCAGAGGAAGAGGGGGCCCAUGGAGACCUUCGAGGACCUGUGGCAGCGGCAUCUAGAGAAUGGAGGGGACCUCCAGAAGCGGGUGGCAGAGAAGGCCAGCGACGAAGAGACGGCCCAGUUCCAGGCAGAGGAGAAGGGGGUGCGGGUGCUGGGCGGGGACCGCAGCCUAUGGCAGGGGGCCGAGAGAGGCGGAGGAGAGAGGCACGAGGACUCACCCCACCACCACCACCACCACCACCAGCCAGGGGCUGAGCCCAGGCAGGAGGAGAAGGAGGCUUCGGAGAGAGAGGAACAGGAGGUGGAGCGGCUGGAGCACUUGAGAGACGAACUGAAGAAGGUGACAGAGACGCUGGGGGAGCAGCUCAGGAGGGAAGGCUGAACCCUGCCUCAGGCCCUCCUUCCUCCCCACACACCCUGUGGCUUAGGACUGUUGACCCCAAAGCCUCCACCUCACCUAGCACCUCACGCCACCCCUACCCAAGGAGGGGAGGAGAUGGGCGUGCCUUGGAAACACACCCAAGGAGGGGAGUCUGAGCUGGGCAGGGACUGGGCUCAGCCCCGACUGAGGAAGCACCCCCACACCUACGCACUCCCACCCCAACCCUUCUGAGUGAAUAAAGCACAAAGAAACGCA